CAAAUCAAAAGUAAACGGAAUUAAAGAAAGAGUUCGCAUCCGAGGAGUGGAAGGGGAAGCCUUUCAAUUUCAAAAAAGCAGGGGAAAAACAGAGCACCCAAAGCACCCCCAGCACAGCAAAUCGCCAUCGCCAGAGAAGCAGAGCAGAGAGAGAGAGAGAGAGAGAGAGGGAGGGUGGGAGAGAGCCCCACAAGCAGAGAGAGAGAGAGAGAGAAGCCAAAUAGUUCAGCUUGUCCUGCUCCAACGGCAUCUUCUUCUCUCUCUCUCUCUCUCUACCUCUGUCUCUCUAUCUCUGUCUCUCGCUCGCUCGAAGUCUUCGCUCUCUUGCUCUCCAUGUAAGCGCGAUGCGUGGAUGCUGAGCCGUCGCGCGUGCUCUGGAAAUUUGCAGCAGAGAGCAUUUUGGCUUUCGGAUCCAGAUGAUUCUCUUGGGGACUGAAGUCUAUUCAGAAUUGUUUCCCGCAUUCCCAGGAAAAUGAUGUCGUGACCAUCACGGUAAGAGCCCUCGUCAACUUCAGCAAACUGGUCACAUGAGAACCUUCUUCUCGGAUUUUGACCUACGGUAUGCUUUUGGAGAAAAUGAGGAUCUUUGACUUCAAAACUCGGCAUUCUUAGUUGCGCCGAAAGGGUUUGAAGCGUUUGAGGGCAGACAUUAGUCUAGAAUAGCUUUGGAUCCUACCCAAGAAUCUGAUAAUCAUUGGGUAAGUCUUUGUUAUGGCUGUUGCCAAGAGCAACAGCAGCAGCAGCGAAUCAUCAAUAAAGGCGUGCGACUACUAUAAAGUUGCUGGCUUGAGCGAAACGAUUUUGGGUGCAGAGCAGAUCUCAAACUUGAAAGAUAGAUAUGCACUCGGUGAGCAGUUGGGUUGGGGUCAAUUUGGUGUAAUCAGGGCAUGUUCUCAUAAGUCAACUGGGGAACUCCUCGCGUGCAAAUCGAUUGCCAAAGAUAGACUGGUGACAUCCGAUGAUGUGCGUAGCGUGAAGCUCGAGAUCGAGAUAAUGACUAGGUUAUCUGGGCAUCCAAAUGUAGUUGAUUUGAAAGAGGUCUAUGAGGAGGAAGAUUACGUUCACUUGGUGAUGGAGCUUUGCGCUGGAGGGGAACUGUUUCACCAGUUAAUGGAACAUGGUCGAUUCUCUGAGGCUGAGGCUAGGGUUCUUUUCAGGCAUCUUAUGCAAGUGGUUUUGUAUUGUCAUGAGAAAGGGGUAGUUCAUAGAGAUUUGAAGCCGGAAAACAUUCUAUUGGCAACCAAGGCCUCAUCUUCGCCCAUUAAAUUGGCUGAUUUUGGUCUUGCCACUUACAUUAAGCCCGGACAGAGUCUGCACGGGACUGUUGGGAGUCCAUUUUACAUAGCUCCAGAGGUGUUGUCGGGGGGUUAUAACCAGAGUGCUGAUAUUUGGAGCGCUGGGGUCAUCCUUUAUAUUCUCCUCAGUGGGAUGCCGCCAUUUUGGGGGAAGACCAAAUCAUGUAUCUUUGAUGCCGUUAGAAUAGCUGAUCUGCGAUUCCCAUCCAGUCCUUGGGAUUGCAUCUCUGCAUCUGCAAAGGCUCUCAUCAAGGGUAUGCUUUGUGUUGAUGCUUCUCAAAGAUUCACAGCUCAGGAUGUUCUAGAACAUUCCUGGAUGGACGAACAUGGACCAAAUGUUGAAGUCCUAAAUCUAUGGGAGCAUAGGGCUUCUGGAGGAUUUGAUGAUUGUGGAGUGUCGUUUUCUGCCACGCAUAUGCCUAGGGAUCAGGAUAUCAGCUUUGGCAACAGAACACACAUUACAUGUGAAGCUCAGUCACCCACAUUUACAUGCAGAUCAUCUUUUUCUUCCUUCUUUCCUGAACCAUCAACACCAUGCCUUGCUUCUGGUGGGUUUUCCUUCCGCAGCUGUGGUAGUUCUGGUGCCCUGGAGUUCUCAUCUCCUAUUCCCUCAAUGCCAAGCUUUUCUUUCUUCAGUCCCGGUUCGAUGAAUGGACAAGGAAGUGCUCCAUCAGGGUUGUCAUCAUAUGCGUCUGCAGGUGGAGAGGCAAGGUCGGGUAAGCUGUUUACCUUGCCAAGUUCAUCACUUGUCGUUUUCAACCAUUUGGUGGGAGAGGAGGAGCAUAAAAUAGCUGAAGUUAAGAGGGGCGGAGGAACAACUGAGCAUAGAGUAUUGGGCAUCCAUAGCAAGAGGAAUAGAACGAUUGGCCUUGGCGAGCAGGAGCGACUAGAUCUUGUGGUGACCGAGUCAGUCAUCCGGUGGUCGUCGUGCACAUUGAUUCCCACUUCUCUUAGAUCUUCUCUUGUCUGCUGAAGAAAUUGGACAUGGUGCAAUCUAAGCUACCUAUCGUAUAUGUGCUAAUUUGACAGUGCUGUGACCUAUUAGUGAGCGGAAAAUAUUUGUGUGACGACGGAGCAUUGUCCUCAUUAGAUGUACAAUUUGUAACUGGAGAUACGAUUGAUGAGGAGUGGCCAAGGAUUAAACAUUAUUGGGUGAAUGUCUUGCUCUUGAGUGAUUGUAAUGGUGGAUUUUCUCAACUUUUGUUA